CGGGACCCGGUGAUCGAUCCCGCGCCGGCCCGCUGUGAGGCCCGGGGAGCCAACCGUGAGAACGGUCCAGCCGAUGGGACCCUCCGACGGCAGGCGGUACCGAGACGGAAAUAGCUGCCGCUAGCCCGGGUCCCCGCGGGGAGGGAGAUCCCGCCUCCCUGGAGAGGAUCCCAGGACCCCUCGAGAGGCCGCUGCCCGGAGGAAAGCCGCCGCCUUGCUGCCCCACCCGGGCUCUUUUGAAAAGCGGGGAGGGCCUCUGUGGGUGUCUCGGAAGGCUGGUAGAGGCAUGGGGCCUCUAGCACCCCAAGAUGCCGAGCAAGUGUCAGGAGCCCCCUGCUUGCGAGUGCACGGAAGGUGGGGUGAGCCGGGCCUGCCUCCCACCCAUCCUGUUUGGAGGCUGAAGCUGGACCCAGGAUGUUUAAACCUGUAGAUUGAGGCACUGGCACCAAAAUAGCUUCUGCCUGUGCAGGGCGGGGGCGCCUUCCAGUGCUGCCGGGGCUCUUUCUGCUUGAAUGGACCAGCUGAGCAGCCGAGGGCCUCCGAGGUCCCGGCCGGCGCCAUGGCCGUGAGCUCAGCCAGGGCCCUGCCUGCAGCCCCGCGGCCAUGGAGGAGGUAAGGUAGCCCCGCGCGGGGAGCCCAGCUCCAUGGAGACGAAGUACAAGGACGAACUGUUCCGGAAGUACGUGCAGUUCCACGAGGGGCAGCGGCCGGGCAGCGAUGAGUUCCUGCGCGUGGCGGCCUCCACCCUGCUCGGCCUCUACAAGGUGGAUCCCUUUUAUCGAUUCCGGCUGAUCCAGUUCUACGAGGUGGUGGAGAGCGCCCUGCGCGCCCUGCGCGGGUCCAGCCUGCGCGCCCUGCACGGCGCCUUCAGCGUGCUGGAGACGGUGGGCGUCAACCUCUUCCUGUACCCCUGGAAGAAGGAGUUCCGGAGCAUCAAGACAUACACGGGCCCCUUCGUCUACUACGUGAGGUCGGCGCUGCUGGAGGAGGACGUGCGCACCAUCCUGAGCUACAUGGGCUACGCGCCCGAGCUGGGCAGCGCCUACCGGCUCCGGGAGCUGGUGGAGACCCUGCAGGUGAAGAUGGUCUCCUUCGAGCUCUUCCUGGCCAAGGUCGAGUGCGAGCAGAUGCUGGAGAUCCACUCGCAGGUGAAGGACAAGGGCUACUCGGAGCUGGACGUGGUGGGCGAGCGCAAAAGCAGCGGCGAGGAUGCCCGCGGCUGCUCGGAGGCCCUGCGGCGGCGGGCGGAGGGCCGGGAGCAGCUGACGGCCUCCAUGGCGCGCGUGGCCCUGCAGAAGUCAGCCAGCGAGCGCGGGGCCAAGGACUACUACAAGCCGCGCGUGACCAAAGCCUCCCGCUCGGUGGACGCCUACGACGGCGGCUGGGAGAGCCGGCGGCCGCCCCUCAAGGCCUCGCUGAGCCUGCGCAAGGAGCCCGUGGCCGGCGACGCGGGGGACGACGCGAAGGACGAGUUCGUCCGCCCACCCGCCUCGCCCCUGGCCCUGGCCAGCUCCCCGCACGGCAGCCCGGGGGCCAUGCCCCCCGCCUCGCCCAGCAACGGCCUCGGCCUGCUGCGGGGCACCUACUUCUCGGCCCAGGAGGACGUGGAUCUGUACACAGACUCGGAGCCCAGGGCCACCUACCGGCGGCAGGACGCCCUGCGGCCCGACGUGUGGCUGCUGCGGAGCGACGGCCCGGCCCUCUACCACAAGCGCUCGCCCCCCACCAAAGAGCCCGCCCCGUCCAAGUGCCAAAACUGCGGCCUGCCCUGCAGCUCCUCCCUCUGCCAGCGCUGCGACAGCCUGCUCGCCUGCCCUCCGGCCGCCAAGCCCGGCGGCGCCUUCCCGGGCAAGGCCUCCGCCCACGACGGCCUGGCCCACGGGGCCCCGCCGCGGGAGAAGUACGCGGGCCAGACCCCGGCCCCCCACGCCAAGCCCAAGCCCGCCGCCGCCGCCGCCGCCACCUCGCGCUGCGGGUUCUGCAACCGCCCCGGCGCCUCCCACACCUGCACCCAGUGCUCCAAAGUGGCCUGCGACGGCUGCCUGAGCGCCUACCACUACGACCCCUGCUGCCGGCGAGGGGAGCUGCACAAGUUCCUGCCCAACAGCCAGCUGAGCUACAAGAGCGCGCAGUUCCCCCACCUCGUGUACAGGUAGACCCCGCGCGUGCGCAGCCCGCGCCGCGCCGUCCCCAAGGGCUACGCCACCGCGCCACCGCGCCACCGCCGCCAGGCCGUGCCGGCCACCCG